AGCCUCCAGGCAGGGACUAGAUCCCCCAAGGAGGCCCACGUUGAACCUCCCUUUAUCCCCGAAGCAAUUGAUAGAACGAGCAGGGAUUCCCACCCCGACAUGCCCGCGUGGAUUUCGGAGAGGAGCCUCGGCAGGGCUCCCCACGAGGAAGGCGGCGGGCGCGGGCAAGGCAGUUGGGGUAGGACUGGUGGAGGCCGGGGGGGAGGGGCCCUCGCCUAUUCCGGCAAAGGUGCUUUGUGGGAGCCGGGGUCACCUGGAGCGGGGGCUCAGUGUUACCCCCAAGGUGCCUGGCUGAGAAGGUCCGGCCUGCUGGGAAUGGGGGUGGUAACGAACCUUGCCGUUUGAGGAGGGGGAAAGAUCCCGCCAGGUGAGGGGAGAAGACCACUCCCAAGUGAGGGGGGAAGGCCAGGCCAGGUGAGGGGACUACUCCAAGUAAAAGGCGGAAACCCCGCCAGGUGAGAGAGUAGGGGCUACCAGAAGAUAGAAAACACUGCAGGUGAGGGGGGAAGUUCCCACCAGGUGGAAAGGGGGAGGCCCCGCCAGGUGAGGGGCGGCCGCUCGCUGGGGCGGGGGGCAGUGGCAGAGUCGCCGGGAGGCACCGCCCCUCGGCCGGGUCCUCGCCGCGCCGCCGCGGCUCCUCCUCCGGCUCCUCCCUCCUUCCUGCUCAGCCUGCCGGGACCGAGAUAUGGGGCACAUCCCCGGGGCCGCCCCCGCCACCUGAGGAGCCCGGAAGCUGCCCUCGGUCGCGCCAUGGAAGAGGACGAGGAACUGGAGAGGAAGGCCAUAGAAGAACUUCUCAAGGAAGCUAAGCGGGGAAAAACCCGAGCAGAGACAAUGGGACCUAUGGGGUGGAUGAAGUGUCCUCUUGCUGGCACAAAUAAAAGAUUUCUGCUUAAUACAAUUAAGAACACAUUACCCUCUCAGAAGGAGCAAGACCAGGAGCAGAAGGAAGACAAUAAGGAACCUGAGCCAAGUCAGAACCGGAAAGAAGAAAACCCAAAGAAACACAGAACUCAUCCGUACAAACACAACUUCCAGUCUCGGAGAAGAGUUAGUUAUUCUCCUCCAAGGAAGCGGAACACCCAGGAAAAGUAUGAAAAGCAAUCUAACAAACGAUGAGGCAGGCACUGAAGAAUAGGCAAGACUGUUACAAGCAAUGAAUGUCAUUAAAUUUUGGACUGGGAAAGUGUUUAGCUUUCUUUAAACGGAGAAGGUUGUUUAGUGCAGGUCUUUAGCUAGCAGGGAAGACAGCUAAGAAAAACAUUAUAGUAGAUAGAUAUUUUGUUGUGGUUUUAAUUAAAGAGUCUGUUGGUCAUAAACAAAAACGACUUAGUAAUUCUUCCUUCUGAAAAUUAAUCCUAAGGGUAGAAGUCUUGACACGUUUAUCAUAUUUUAAUAGUGUGUAUACAUUUGUUACUGUACCUUCUUUCAAAAGUUAGUUCGGAAAUAAACAAAUCUAGAGUUAGAUUUUAAGUUUUUCAGAGAUUGUCCAAACUAGUUAAAAAUAUCUGUGUAUAUCAAUUGUGGUCAUUUUUCAGAGUUGAGAGCAAAAUUGAAACCUCUUUAGCUCUGUAUUUUAGAUUGGGGGUAUCAGAUUUAGUGUGUUUAAGAAGCUAAACAGCAAAAGUCUUCUGGCUGUGGAAUACGCUAUUUAUAAACCCCCUCUAGCCUUCAGUGCUAGAGUUUAUCAAGAGAUUUGUUAACGUCUCUAGCACUUAUUUUGUUCAGAUAAACAAUAUGGAGCAUUUUUAAAAUGACUUUGAAUUUAUUACUGAAGAUAAAUUCAUGGAGAUGAAGAAUCGAUCUCCUUGUUCCUCUUGCAACAAAGCUUUGAUCUGUGUAAAAUGUAUUUUUUUCCCCUGAAUUUGAACUUUAAUCCAGAGGACAUAAAUUGGAAGGAAUAUAGUUUGGUGCUUUAGAAAUAACCCUCAUCGCCAAAACUUACUGUGUUUUGAUUGUGGUUGAGGAUUUUAUUCAGUGCUCUUUGGUUUUAACUUAAAUCCCCUGGUAUAGAUAUCACAGUGCAAAGUUAUACCAGAAAUUUUCUUUUUAACAGAAAGUGUGUUGGAUUUUUUUCCAGUGUUGGCAUAGGCAUUUCUUAAUGAUAUGAUUCUAAAUCUCAGAGAGACUCCCACUCUCACCCCCCAUCCCCCAAACUCAGAACUACAUAACAAUGUAUUCCUAAACCACAGAGAGGAGAAGAGUCUCUCUACUCCCUUCCCAAAAUUUCCAAGGCGGCUGGGCUUAUGCCUGGCUGCCUCCAGAUAAUCACUCAGCCACAGCCAUACUCCCAGCAGCCAAGAAAAGCUCUUUCUAUGCACUGAAAAUCAGCACAUUAGAAAGGCCAGCUCCCGAGUGUUGUAGAGGAGCCAGAGAAUGCCAUGACAAAAUUGCUCUGUCUUCCCCAGUGCUACCCCACCACACCCUCUUUGUGUGCCCUGGGCCAUGCACCCAAACUUUUCUAUGAAGCCCAAGCUUCUGUGUGGCCAGAAGCCUAUGCAUAGAACUGCUCCAACUAGGAGGAUGGAAAAAAAAUUCCUCAUUCUUUCCUUCUCCCUCCUCACCAGGGGCCCCCCCCCAGUCAAAAAAGUGCAGAGGGAGACCCUCCAUAACUUUCAAACAGCAAUUCCCACCCCCAUCAUACACAGAAGGAAGAACUGAGUUAAACUUGACUUUAUACAAAAGUUGUUAGGACUAAAUGAUCCUAAUCUUUACAUCUGUAUUAUUUGUGGUUAAUUUAUUUACUUUGAAAUAUUUUGUAUUUAAGUACCUAUAGAAACAGAAAAGUUAAGAAGUUGAGCUUUUUUUGUAAAUUCUUGUUUUAAAAUGAGUAAAAAUAAGUUAAACUGUGUCAUUUU